AUGUCUUCCCCUGAUAUAGAUCAGGCCGCCGUCAACGAGACGCUGCUCGAGCGUCGUCAAGUGUUGACCGACGGGCUCAAAAGCCUUCCAUACGACCUGGUCCUGUAUCUCGAGCGUGCGGUCGUCUAUGCAGACCUAGGAUACCCCGAUCUCGCGGCUGGCGAUGCGUACCGAGCUCUUCUUCUCGCUGACGAAGUCCUGAACGACGGCUUCGAAUUCCACGACCAGGCCAAAGAAUGCUUGGGCAGAUACAACGGAGAGCUGCUCCCAGACACUGUAGUCUAUGGACAGCUGGCCGAAGAGUAUCCUGACCUAGCCAACGGAACGCCCGGUGACCCGGACGUCACCUCUGACCAGUUGGCACGCCUGGCAUCGACAAGGGCCUAUCAGAUACUGUCGCUGAAUCUCUUGCUGUGCGGCUGCCUGAGAAGUGCCCUGCAAUUCUGUGAGCGAGGCCUUGCCGCUGCGCCGCACAACGACACGCUGCUCCAUACAAAGGGCCAUAUUGAUACCGCGGCCAGGCAGAAGCUUGGCCGGGCAACUUAUGAAAUCGAUGAUUUGCCCGACUUUGGCCUUGUCCGCCGAGAGGUCUACCCAUGGAAUGAUCAUGAGCCAGACCGCUUCUCACCAGAAUCUUUGCAGGCGUUGAAUGACGGCCUAAAGGAGAUGGCUCCCAAAUGUGCUGUGCAAGUAGCAACUCUGCCCGUCCUACUAGAGGGGGACAGCGACACAGACAGCCUCGAUUCCAUCCCCACUUGCAAACAGCUUGGCGUCUUUGCUCAGGAGGAUAUCGAACCCGGCGAGGUUGUGCUGAGAGAGUACACUCUCCUCACAGCCAACAACCGGCACAAGGAUUCAGUCUGCGAUGCUUGCAGCUCCGAGCUCGCCCCUCUUGGCAGCAGCGAAAACCAGUCCAUUCAAUGCGAGGAGUGUUUCGACACUGUCUUCUGCAGCCAGGAGUGCUACGACCAGGCUCAGAGCCGCUAUCAUCCUGCCGUCUGCGACAAGGAUGUGGACUCGAUUGCAAAGGAUCCUAGUGCGUUCGAAGCCGAUGAGACGCUGCAUCUCCUUCUACUUGCCAGAGUCCUGGCGAUGGCUGUUAACGAGGAUGUUCAUCCACUGGACGUGCGGGAAGUCAAGUUCAUUUGGGGCGACUUCAUACCUACAGAAGCAAACGAGAUUGAUGUAUCGCCAAACGCUGGCCCCCCACCGGAGUGGACGCUUCCCUUCUCCUUCAAGUACAACAUUGAGACGCCGCUCCAUAUUCUGGAAAAGAUGGACAUAGACAUCUAUGCCAACCUGAUGGAAUAUGAUCUGUGGGUGCUCAACACGCUGUACGCCAAGUUUCGGGGAACAGCGUCGGCCCGCAAGAACCCCCGGGACGGAAGGCCUGAUGUUGCGGCGGUGCAUCCUUACUGGUGUCUCGCCAACCACGAUUGCGAUCCGAACGUCACAUGGGAAUGGAGCGGCCGUAUGGUUCUCACGGCAAGGAAAGAGCGCGUUGUGGGCGGUCGGCCCGGGGGCAUCAAGAAAGGAGAGGAGAUCCUCAACCAUUACUGCGAUGUGAAUUUGCCGGUGCAGCAGCGACGCGAAUGGGCCCGAGGGAGCCUUGGCGGCUUGUGCAUGUGCAACAGGUGCCGCACCGAGGCAGCGGAGAACAAGACGGCGGAUACUGGAUCAUCGGCAUGAUGAACGGAUGUGCCUGGAACUCCUACCGCAGUAGGAGAAGCAUGCCGCGGAUCCCUGCGCAGCCAUGGCAGCCGUCCAUCAUGACCCUUAAGAAAAAGAGAAAAGGAGAAACAAGAGGAGGGCUUUUCGCUACGGUAGCAUCUGCCCCGUCUUCACAUUCGAGACUAUGCCCAACCUGACUGUGUGUGGCCUUGCUGGAUAAUUCUUUGUGGUUAGUAGCGAGCCCCCCUUUUCGAAUGUCAACGAUCAAUCGCGGGACUUCCCGUCAAGCAUCAGAGCCUUUAUCAAUCCUCUCUCGCGUUCCAGCUAGCAGCCCAAGCUUGAUUUGUACCCAAUGCAUGCCACGACCAGGAUUUUCCAUCAGCGGCGCAAGUGAAUGGCCUUUAUAUGGCUGCGCAUGCUUAUCUUGCUCGAGUGAGCAGGGGGGGGGAUCGCAUAUGUUGUAUGACGC